AUGUCUGAUGGUAGUAAAUUAUUUGAAAAUUUGAAUUUUUUAAUCGUUGUCACUAAAUUUGAACAAUUGGAAUCCACUAGAUCAAUUAUCGAUCUUUUGAAAAGGAAUUCAUGUCAGAUUUGUAGCGUUCACAAAUGCUUUGAUACUAAAAGUCCUACAAUCCCUAAAGAUCUUAAAUCGUGGUUUGCAAACGACGUUGCAGAAGGUAAUACCAUUCACUUUAUUAUAAGUGAAGAUGUAAAUUUCCCAUUCUACCGUGUUGCAUCUUUUGAUUUUUUAAUACCUGUGGUGACACCAAAAUGGAUUCAUAGCUGCAUUGAAAGCCAGAAGCAUGCAAGAACGUCACUAUUUUCACCAGAUCCAAGACAUAUUUUUAAGGAAUUCCAAAUUUAUGUUUCAAGACAUUCCUUCAACAAUUCUGAAUACUUAUUCUAUACGGAAGCGGUACAUGCAUUAGGCGGGACCUGUGUGGAUUUUCUUUCGAACAAAACUACACAUUUAGUGACUAAGGACCCUCAUGAUCCCGGAAUCUUAGCGGUUAUCAACUUUGGUAAAGUAGAACCGAUGAAUUUUGUGUAUCCUACAUGGAUUGUACAAUCUUUUAAACAACUAUCUAUUGCUCCAGAAGACAUGCAUAAAAUAUCUCCUGAUGAUUCUGAUUCGUCUUCGAAGAGCAAACUAGAAGAUAUCUGGGGUCGUCUUAAUGAAAUUGAUUUUAAACUAACUUCCAAUAUUUGGGAAAAUCACUCCUUUAUCAUUGGGAUGGAUGUCUCUUUGAAUAGAGAUUUGUACUCUACAUUGAUUGAACUUCUACAAGCAAAUGGUGGUACGGUACAUCGUCAUUUGGAUGAGUCAGAUAUUGCCAAGACUAAUGCAGAUUGUUACAUCGGAAAAUCUGUAAGUUCAAGGGAAUACGAAGUUUCUGAAAAUAAAAAAUUACAUCUGGGGAAUCUCAUUUGGGUCUUUUAUAUGUGGUCACUAUGCCAAUUUAGGCCUCCUACAGAAAAGUUGAUUUUUUCGCCUUUUAAACGUAAACUUUUGGAAACAAAUCAACUAAUUACCGCCUAUACGAAUUUCUUUGGACAGCAACGGUUCUACAUCCAAAGAUUAGUAAAUGCUCUUGGUGGCUUCACGACAUCUGAAUUAUCUCGAAGGAACACCCAUUUACUCUGUCGAUUUCCCUUUGGCAAAAAAUUCGAAACCGCUAAAAAUUGGGGGGAUAAAUGUGUGAUCACCAACUAUUUGUGGUUGGAAGAAUGUUAUAGGCAAUCCACAAGGCUAGAUCCACUAACACCUUGUUUUCAGCAGCUCCCUGUGGAAGGUGAAUUACAAAGGACUUUGGGUCAAAUGCAAUGGGACAAUUCAGAAUCUCUCGAACCUCAUGUCAAAAACCUUUCGAAACAAUUCAAUGAGGAGGAGCCAAACAUCCAAAAUACACCACUGCCGUCCCAACAUGACGAACAGGAGACAGGCUCAGGAAACGUGGAACAACCGACCCCCGAACUACGACCUAUGGUCCCAGAACCAGUUGAAGAACCUCUCAAUACCAAUGAACACUCCAAAUUGGAGGAGAAUACUGAAAAAGAAGAAAAUCUCAUAGGAGAAAAUGGAGAAAAAUCGAAUCCUGCACCUCAAGACAUGUGUGACAAUCCCGAAAUAACACCAGAUAUCGAGCACCCACAGCAAAAAGAGGUCAUGGUUCAAGAGGCCUCUAGGAAUGAUCCAGUUUCUCCCCCUGAUGAAUCAAUGCUAGAGCAAAAAAACACCGAAACAAUUUCAAAUCAUGAAGAGAUUGUCCGUGCUGAUGUUAAUAGUCAAGAACAGAAGCCGCCCUUGGAGCGUAUGUCUAAUGAGCAGCACCUUCCAAUUGAGCAAAACGAGGAUCUAGAUUUGGAAAAGCCUCAGAAACAGACACAAGAUGUAAAUAAGUCCACAGAAGGAAAAGAGAGGCGCUCUCAAGAGAACUCGCAAAAGGAUUUGCUGAAUUUAAAGACUCUUGAGGAAGAUACAAAACCCGAGUCUGUACAGAGACCAAAUGAAGAAAGACAAUCUGAAAAUAAAGAUCAGAAACAUUCUCAGGGACCAGCGGAAGAAACCAUAAAGCCUAUUGAAGAACAAAAACAACACCAGCGAUCCCAGGAAGGGACCAAAACACCGAUCGAAGAUAAAGAACAACAAGAGGAGCCCCAUGAAAACCAUGAAGCUGCCGGCAACGACCUGGGCCAGUACCAGGAGUUGCUAGAAGAGCCUAGAAUACCGAUUGAAGAAAACACUCAGGCAGGGACACCGCGCCAACUCCCCAGCGAAUCAUCUGGAGAACCUGCAGUUUUUUCAAGACAAGGCAGUAAGGACCUCAACCGGACAAGGACAAGCGCAGAUUACUCGCCAUCAUCAGAAAUACCUAAAGACGUAACAGAAGUCCAGGCUACUUCAAAACAGGAAGAAGGUACACCAAAAUCACAAACCCCACCAUCUACAUUGACGCCGACAUCUUUUGAUCAAAUCCACUCCAGCCAAGGAAGUCGCCGCGCGGCUAAGACGAAAGCGGCCAGGAAGUUGCAUGAUGACAUAGAAUCAUUGAAUGAAUUCCAAAGAAAUACAAAGAGAAAGAAAACUGGAAACCUUUUACCUGAAGAGAUCGCUCAGUUGGAGAAAAGCAAAGCACUUGAGGCAGAAGCAAGGGGAAUUUUGUUGAAAAUACUACCUGAGGAAAAUGAGAUUACAAAGGACGAUACUGGGUCAGAAGGUGCUCAACAUCAUCGCUCAAAGAAAUUACCAUAUAACAUUAAUGCUGUAACCACUGGUCUCUCAGGAAACAUUGGUGAAUUAGAUCUGACAAUCUUGAGAUUGCUUGGUAUUACAAUCCACAACGAGAUAACAAGUGAAAAUGUUGGAAAAUUGGAUGGAAUUAUUGCCCCCAAGAAAUUAAGAACUGCCAAAUUUUUAAAAAGUUUGAGUUUUCACCCAUUGAGAUAUGCGCUCACUCCGAAAUUUCUAAAGGACAUAUUAAGAAUAAUUCAUAAGGGUAAAAAGGCAAAUCUAAGCCUUGAUAUAUCUCGAUACUACAUUCCAGAUACAGACCAAGAGAAAUUAUUCAAGUUGACAUCACUACCGAACAAAGUCUUUGAGCGUGCUGGUAUAUUAAAUGUUAAUAUUAUAAGCGAUAUACCUGGGGGAAUUGAUACCAUAUCCUCAAUCCUUAAAGCACACGGUGUGAAAGAGACUAGAUCUAUUCCCGCAACACACAUGAAUAAAUUGUCAUUACAAGAUUUCUUAUUGAACGAUGCAAAUUCAGAGACAACAACGGAGGCCCCAGUGGAAUACAUUUUUCUUGUGAAUAAGCCCACCCAAGUAAGAAUCUUCAAAAAAUUGACGAAGGAUAACAAACAUUCGGCAUUGGCAGUUGCAUGGGAUUGGUUCAUUACUAGUAUAUUUCAGCUCGAAGUCGAUGUUAGUAAUUCAGAGCACGUGAUACUUCGUUCCGACUAA